UUAUGUGUGAUCAUCUUUCCCCUUUUCUUUACCUCUAGGCCCCCCUGACAUAUGAUGCUAUCAUGCAGUUGGAAUAUCUUGACAUGGUGAUGAGUGAAUCACAAAGACUUUACCCCUUAGGAGGUCGGAUUGAAAGGGUCAGCAAGAAAGAUGUUGAGAUCAAUGGGGUGACCAUUCCAAAAGAUAUGGUGGUGAUGAUCUCACCUUAUGUUCUCCAUCGGGAUCCAGACGUCUGGCCAGAACCAGAGGAGUUCAGACCAGAAAGGUUCAGCAAAGAGAACAAAGACAAAAUCGACCCUUACACAUUCCUGCCCUUUGGAGCUGGGCCACGGAACUGCAUUGGGAUGAGGUUUGCACAAGUAACCAUGAAGGUGGCCAUCACCGUCCUCCUCCAGCGCUUCUCCUUCAGAGUCUGCAAAGAAACUCCGAUUCCCCUCAAGAUGAGCGCUAGUGCAUUUCUAAUGCCGGAGAAGCCCAUCGUUCUGAAGUUAGUCCCACGGGAGGCUUCCUAAGAAAGGCCAUCAUGUGAGUCACGGUCAGCCCUGCAGUGGAUGCAGGAUACAGACUUUUUUCAGAGUCAGAAUCUCUCCAGACAGCUGUGCAUCCUGAAGACAACGGCUGGAUCUACACAGAGAGCUUGAUGGAAAACCUGCUGUUAGCUGCCCCAAAUGCUUUUGAAGUUGUCCGUUACUUGGCAAAAAUUAUCCGAUAUAUGAAUGAAUUAGACGGUGGUGUUUCUGAUGCAAGCAAGGAAGCAAAGAAGAAAGAUUCCUGGAUGUAAAAGGCUUUCAUAACUUUUAUGCCCUCGUCUAAGGAGCUCCUGCUUUAUUGGUUUAAGGUUGAUUGGCGUCCCUCUCCUGAAUAAAUAAAUAAAAUAUUGUAUAUUUUUGUUGUAAAUAUCUCUUGAAAGUUCCUGUAUUAUAAACGUUGAAUAUUAGAAUAAAGACAAAAAAUACACA